AUGCAGUCGUUUAUACUGCGACUUUUUGGUCUGGCAUCGCUGCAGUAUGCGCUGGCUGAAUUCAAUUUCUACGCCAAUUACGAUGAAGCUACGGCCGCAGAAACUCUUGGUCUAUCCACCCGGUGCUUGUCUGCCUUGAACCAAACUGUCGGCUGUGAUGCUGCAAAUGCGGCUCGGGCAGCAAAUGGUGCUGAUGUCUGGUUUAGGGAUAAUGUAACUUCGCUAUGUACCGUGGAGUGCUCAAAGGCUCUUACAUCUUGGCUCUCAGACGUCGAUAUUCAAUGUUCCAGUGAUCAGCUUGUCACCAAUGGCCGUUUCAUUGAUCCUUAUACGAUCCCUCUGAAGUACGUCGCUGGUUAUGAUAUGGCUUGUCUGCAAGACAGAAGAUGGGGCGCCGACCUGUGUUAUGGCGACGAUCCUCCACCCAAGUGCGAAAAACAAAUCUUGACGAUAGACGCCGCGACUCCUGACUUUGAAGAGAUGUCUGUGACCAAUAUGUACAGCGAGGAUUUGUUUUGCAGUGAAUGCUUUAUGCUGAUAUGGAGACAACGACUGCUUUCUCCAUUCCUCUCUCCUGGGAAAUUCGCGGAGUAUCUGUUUGACCAGUUCACUAAAAUGAAAGAUGUCUGCUCUCCAGACUCAUCAGUUCCGAUUCCUGAACCUUCUGGAGAGAAUGAAACCCCCACGUCCGUUCGAAAACGAGCAGAAAAUCCUUAUGAAAACGCUGCCACCCCACCUAUGCCAACUCAGCCAGGAUCUAUCGGGGAGUGUACUUACUACUAUAACGUGGUUGCUGGUGAUACGGUUAGUUGUUCUCCCAAAGAGGGAAUAUCUUUCCAUGACCUUAGAAGACUCAAUCCGCAGCUAGAUAGGGACUGUUCCAACUUAUGGGUAGACCAUGCGAUUUGCAUAGGUCCUAUUGAAACGUAUCCAAUUUCCGAAGAUGGCAACUGUGGUGAGGAGUAUGGGACUUGCAAUUCAAACAAUCGAUGUGGACCUUGUAGUCUCGAUGACUCGAUUCCAGAAGAAGAUGUCCCGAUUGAUCCUACACCUACUAAUCCAAUCCCAGACGACUCCAUUCCCGAAAAUGGCGGUCCUGCAGAGUCUAAACCUGCCAGUCCAGCUCCAGACAGCCCUAUUCCCAGCACCACUCCUCCAAGUGAUGUUGCUGAUGGUCCUACCAGAAGUCCGAUCCCCGUGGAUCCAACCUCUGUCAGUCCCAUCCCGCCAAAGGAAACAGGGCGCCCUGAUAAUAGCACAUCAAAGAUUAGUUUAGACGGAAAGUGCAGUCCCGAUAUCUCGUGUACCGGAUCUAGUUUCGGCGAAUGUUGCAGCAUCAAUGGCUUUUGUGGGACAGGACCUGGAUGGUGUGGUCUCGGGAACUGUCUCUCUGGCGCUUGCCAGAAAGACACGAGCGGGAUAAGCUUUGAUGGAACUUGUGGGCCCCUGUUCCCCGCUAACAGGACUUGUGUUGGCUCAAAAUUUGGCGAUUGUUGUAGCACCUCUGGUUAUUGCGGCACCGGGCCCGGCUGGUGUGGCUAUGGAAAUUGCUAUUCGGGUGCUUGUGAUACCUCACUGGGUGGCGUGAGCUUGGAUGGAACUUGUGGUCCAAAGUUUCCAGGAAAUAUGACAUGUGUGGGGAGCACAUUUGGAGAGUGUUGCUCAACGAGCGGAUUCUGUGGAACUUCAUCACGACAUUGCGGUAUUGCAACCUGCUAUUCUGGAAAAUGUGAAGCCAGUCCCAAGGAUGGCAACAAUAAGGACACGGAAGAUGAGAACAAGGGGGAGAAGGAAAGGGAAGAUAGUGAUAGGGGAGAUAAGAAGGAGAAGGAGAGAGCAGGAGGAUGGUCGCACUGA